GUUUACAUUGCAUCAGUAAACCAGAUCUGUAUAGUUUUGCCGUAGUUAGAGAAUCAAAUGGCAAAACAAUCAACAUCGUUGUAUAAAUUUUAAAUUACCAAUAAAAUCAUAGAGAUCUAUGAAACAAAUGCAAAAUCUAGAUCUAAGGUGGAAACUAAGACUUAAGUCUAACAGUAACCACGUAUAACUAAACAAGGAUGAUUGACACCAAGGAUAUCAGAAAUUUUAUUUAUAUUGCUUGUCAAGGAUUCUUCCUGACGGCAGUGGUUGCAUUAUUUCUCAACUGGUUGGUCACCAAGUUCAUCAAAUUUCAUAGUGCUAGGAGGACAGAGGGUAAACAGAGGGAAAUCACUUCGUCCUACACUGAACAAUGUAAAACCCAAGAGUCAGACUGGAAGCAACAGCUACAGAGGCAGUAUGAAACCCAGGCUGAAAGCUAUAAAGAGAGAGUUCUGCUGCCCAGAGAAGAGAGUAAGAGGAAAAAGAAAGAGGAAGAGUUCUUGAAAUUUUCUGGGCCUUCAUGGAAGGGUCAAGGACAUGCGCUGGGUGGUGAGAGUGUGCUAUCUGCUGCCCCUGAAGGCCCCAGUGCAUCAGCUGGACAAACUGCUGCCCAGCAUAGAAGAGUUCUAGAGGACAUCAACCAGCAAGUGGCUGAUGCUGCUGCUCAUGCUGCUGCUGUAGCCAGGCGGCCAAAGAAAGUCAUCACUCUGCCUGAAGAGCCCGACUCCAAUGAUGCUGACACAAUUACAAUAAUCUUCCGCACUCCUAUUGGUACUAUUUGCCAACGUCGGUUUAACGCAAGUGAUCAAGUUCAGGUUCUCCUAGAUUUUAUAACAGUUGAAGGCUUCAGUCAGAGAACCUACACUGUAGCCACAUCCUACCCGCGCCGAGUUCUACAGGACCCCCAGGCUUGUCUCAGAGAUUUCAAGUUCCAGAAAAAAGUUGUCCUCAACAUAGAAGAGAGAGACUAGGAGUUAAAUCAAGGUCAAUUACAUCUGAAGUAGUUUAGACUAGGGCACUAAAUCAAGUGCAAUUACAUUUGAAGUAGUUUAGACUAGGCACUAAAUCAAGUGCAAUUACAUUUGAAGUAGUUUAGACUAGGGCACUAAAUCAAGUGCAAUUACAUUUGAAGUAGUUUAGACUAGGGCACUAAAUCAAGUGCAAUUACAUUUGAAGUAGUUUAGACUAGGGCACUAAAUCAAGUGCAAUUACAUUUGAAGUAGUUUAGACUAGGCACUAAAUCAAGUGCAAUUACAUUUGAAGUAGUUUAGACUAGGGCACUAAAUCAAGUGCAAUUACAUUUGAAGUAGUUUAGACUAGGCACUAAAUCAAGUGCAAUAACAUCUGAAGUAGUUUAGACUAGGGGACUAAAUAAAGUGCAAUUACAUCUUAAGUUGUUUUCAUACAUUUAUUUACUUUUGUUUUCAAUCAAAAUGUAUGAAUGCAAAAAUAUCAAACUACUGUUCUAGAAUUUUUCGUUUUGAAUAUUUAAAUCUUCAUUGCAAUGUACAUGUAUUUCUUUGGGGUUUGAUUAUAAGGUCAUCUAUUCAGCCAAUAUUUUUGUCAUGCAUAAUACUUUAUUAAUCCCAUUUUAAAGGAUCUGCAUUUCAUCCAUCUUGUGUAAACAUCAAAUUUUUGUGGUGAUUGCCUAUUUGAUAAGCUUUCAAUUAGUUCACACUGUUUAUUAGGUGGGCAAGAUGGCAAAUUUUGAACCACUUCUAAUGUGGUGAUUUUGUUCAUACAGAUAUGUUCACCUUAGAUAGCAGCACAAGAAUAUCUAUUUUAAUAUAAUUAGAUAAAUUAGCCAUCUGGACCGGGCUGUUAACAAGAUAAUUGCCUUACAGAAGUUGCGAGAUGGUCGGUUUUAAAGACAAUAUUUUUAGUGGUGCCGACUUCAUGAAGAACCUAUUAUAGUAGAAAAUUAAAAAAUAUAAAAUACCUUUAAAUCAUAAUUAUAAGCUUUUAACUAAAACAGACUUGUUUUCUUUAAUAAAAGCAUUCGUCUCUUACAUAUUUUUGCACCAAUGCUUUUAUUAAAGAAAGCAAGUUUGUUUCAUUUUCUUAUGUAACAAAGCUUGGAAUUAAAUUAUAGUUUUUUAUAUUUGUUUUUAUGUUUGUAAAUUUGAUUUUACCAUUACUGCUGAAUUCUUUUGAACACGCUGUAAUCAAACCUAAUUUUUGAACACGCUGUAAUCAAACCUAAUUUUUGAAUACACUGUAAUCAAACUUAAUUUUUGAAUACACUAAAAUCAAACUUAAUUUUUGAACACACUGUAAUCAAACCUAAUUUUUGAACACACUGUAAUCAAACCUAAUUUUUGAACACACUGUAAUCAAACCUAAUUUUUGAAUGCUGUAAUCAAACCUAAUUUUUGAACACACACUAUACUCAAACUACAAAGUUUAACUUAAAAAACCAAAUUUAAUAUUACAGAAAUAAAAAUUGUAUAUUUGUGGGGAAUGUGAUUG